CGAAAACUUUUGAGUGUUCGUUCUCUUCUCUCUUCUCUCUUCUCUCUUCUCUCAAACUCUUACCGUUGGCUACCGAAGCUCACUCUUCUCGCUGCACGCCAUUGUGGAUUACCCAAAGAUUCGAACUUGAAGGCACCCAAGUUUCCGAUUCAUUCUCAAUUUAGAAACCCUAAUUUCUGUUUCCGUGUUCUUCAAUCUCUAGCCGGAACACCGAAACCCUAGGGCUUUUCUUCUGUGUACGAAGUUUCUGAGAUUACUAUGAUUUUCGCAACCAAUUUUUCAACUGAAAGAUGACAAAAGAUGCCUCGGAACCGGGUGGAAGUGGGGGUGGUGGCUUCCACGCGGUUCAUGCGGAGCGUGACCUAGAGUCAAAUUGGGAAGUUGACCUCGCCAAGAAACUCGAGGAGUAUCUGCUGAAAAUUUGCUCCGGGGAGAUCACCGGCGAAGAGGAAGGACACAUUCCAGUGAAUUUUGCAGAAGCUGCUCUACUGCUUCAGGGAUCGAUACAGGUGUAUAGUAGAAAGGUGGAAUAUCUAUACACUCUGGUGUUGCGUGCUUUAGAGUUCCUUUCACAGAAAAGACAGCAAGAUCAUAUAGAUGGAGGAUCAGACCAACAUGAUGAGAGUGGUCCCUCUGCUAUUACCAAUGAAGAAAAUGAUCAAUUCUGGUGCUCGGAUGACAUCCCAGUUGAAGAGAGGAAUUCCUUGGAUGACUCUGCAAGCAAAGAAGUGAAUUUGGACCACUUCAUAAAACCCCCUGCAAAUCUAGUUGUUCUUGAAGGUGACUGCUUGGAUACUGCUGGUGAUGGUGGGGAAUUGGAGUCAUAUCUGUUGUCCACCACAGACUUGUACCAGGAUUUUAUUCUGUUGGAUACAUCAGAUGCUGUUGCAGUGGAUGAGUUUCUAAAGGAUAGCAAAGCCAAUGCAGCCCAAAAUGUUGCUAAUAGAGGAGCUUCAACUCGUAAAAGCUUUCUUUCUCCUACAAGGAAUUCUGAAGGAGGUGCUAACAAAUCUUCAGUGGCAAAAAGUCAGCAUGCUAAUUCCAACUGUUCCCCUAAAGUUGAUUGCCAUGACGAUGAUAAUGUUCGGCCCAGUUCUCCCGUCUCUGGUGGUAUUGAUAAUUGUGAUUUUGGUUAUAACAUGGAUGAUGGAUGCAAUGCAUUUAGGGAUUCAGACAAUUCAGAUGUUGAUGAUGAUGAUCCAUGGAAACCUUUGAAUCCACAUGAACCAGGCAACUUGAAAGUGAAGCCGUUUAGAAAAGUUAAAGGAUUAAAGAAGAAUGGAAUUAAUGUGAGACGGCGAGUAUCAAUGAGCAUUUUGUUUCCACCUGCAAAAUUGCAUGGUCCUAUUAGUCCAGAGCUCAUGGCAAUGUGGGAGAUGCAGCAUCAUGCCCACGAACGACAAAAGGAUUCUACAUCUCUUCCACUAUAUGAGAAGCUUAGGCAGUCUCUUAUCAAUGAGGGGAGUAAAACCGAUGGAGAAUUUUUCAAUGCAGAAGCUGAUAAUGAUGACCAUGAAUUUGAUACUGGAAAUCCUGAUUUUGAUAUGCCAGAGAAUACAUACAUGGAUGAAGAUCUACCUCAUAACAAAGAGAAUGAAGUUAAUGAUGCUCAUGCUGAGGGUGAUGAAGAUGUAGAUAAUGAUGUUCCAAAUUCUCAGGAAAGUUUAGAAGAUCUCUGUCGCUCUCACCUGAAUGCCCUUCUAGCUAGCAUAGCUGAAACUGAGAAGCAAACAGAAUUGGCCACUAGGGUUUCAACAUGGAAACAAAGAAUUGAGCACAGCUUGGAAGAAGAGGAUUCCCGGCCACCAUUUGAUAUUCAUGAAUAUGGGGCGAGAAUUUUGGACAAACUAUCCCUUGAAGAAAGUAGUAGCUGUGUCCUAUCCUUUUCUGAUUUGGUUGAGGGACAAACAAAGUUCGAUAUUGCCCGAAGCUUUUCUUCUCUCCUUCAACUGGUGAACAAUAGAGACGUGGACCUUCAAAGAAAUGUCGACAAUGGGAAACCUGUGUGCUACACGGCUGUUAACCCAUUCCAUGUUAGGCUCCUUAAGCAUGACAAAGAACGGGAAGGCAUGCAGUUUCGCUUGUCAAAAAAGAGACCAAAGUCUGCAACUAAAAAACCAGCUAAGAACAAAGAUGGAAGGGGAAAGUCUCCCACCAAUGGUUCAUCAAGGGAAUACGGACCAAUGGGGAUGUCACCACCGGCGAAUUGCAAGAUUUCAUCGAAGCUCAGAAAGGUUAGUGCUAUAAAGUUAUCUCCUGAAUCCAAGAGGAGGCGUAGAUCUCAGUACGUCGAACCAGUUAACUUGCAUUCGGGACGGUGAAAAUGACAGUUAGCAGUUAGUUUAUUGCACUCAGCCUCUUACGUUCAAGACAUUUGCUAGAUGUCUUAAGGAUCAGGGUUGUAGUUUUAGGCCUCGCUAAAUUCUAACAUCCAGUUUCCACCUGUAAGCAUUAUUGCUGUUAACUUAUUUAUAUACGCUUUUUUCUAAAAAAUGUCUUUUUUACUUUUUAGAUUCAUUGAAAAUUUAAUAUACUUAGGUAAGUUUUUUGCUUAGAUAUGUUAAUUUUUCGAUGAAUUUAAGAAGUAAAAGAGACAUUAUUUUGAGGAGGGAGUAAUGAAUAAUGAUGUAUCACCUAGUUGUAACACCAUGCAUCAUUUCUUAAUUGUUAGUAAUGUAACACCAUUGUGGUGAGCUAAAGUAAAAUCAUGUGAUUGCAAGCUAUCUGCAUUUUCUAAGUAUAUAAGAUGUUAUUCCCUUGUUGA